GUGAGAGACAGCCAGCUCCACGCCCCGUCUCGGAGCAGGGCCGCGAGUUCGAGACCAGCAGAAGUCCUCACCUCAAAAGUCCCGACUGCAGACUGUAGUCACUGCUCGAGCGUUAAUGAGAGCAUUCAGUUGAGAUUGGGUGAAGUUAAAGAGCUGACGUCUUUUACUGUCCGGACAUGCAAGCCAGUAAAAUGACUGACAGAAGAAUAGAGGAGAGGGAUGAGAUGUCUGCAGGACAGCACUCUGUCUUCCUCUCAGCAUGGAUGAAAACCUGCACCUGAAUAAACAGAAGGAUGAAGCUGAGCCUCUUCACGACAGGAGGAGGGAGGACAGUCUCCUCCACGUGCUGACUGAGUCUGUUCGAAGGCUAGAAGCUGUCAGACGCUGCAGAGAUCAUCACGACGGAGCGGCGGGUGGGAGGAGACGCUCGAGUGAGGAGAGAGGCAGAGAGGAAGCACCGAGAGACUGUCCGGCGGAAGGCGAGAAGGACGAUGAGGAGAGAGGGAGGAAUGCUGAUGAAGAGCGCGAGGAGAGGGUGCACGAGCAGAAAGUCAUGAAGGUGCUGAGGGAGCUGGGUGUUUUUCACUCAGGCAGAGUGGCAGCAUGGAGAGAAGUUCUCAGAGAGUGUGCCCACAUGCUGGCCGAGCCUCCAGCAGGGGGCGGCGAUCAGCAGCAUCCAUCAACAACAGAAUCUAAAGUCACCCCUUGUUCGAACUCCUUCAAUGAUAUUUUUCUAACUGUUGAAGAGGAAAUACAGAAUAUUAUGGACAAACUAAACACAAUCAUUGCAAAGCUAGACAAAGAAAUCCUCAAAUCACACACAGUGGAGGAGGUCUCAACUAUGGAUGCAGCGCUUAAGGAGGCCAGAAAUCCAAAAGUAUCAGAACAACCUGAGGAUGACACCAAUCAACUGAACUCCCAUGAACCCAUUGAAUCCAACUCCGGGCACAAACAGGAUGCUGAAGUCAGAGAUGAUCAAAGUCGGACGAUGCCCUCAGCGGACACCAAACAAGCAUCAGACUCCAGAUUGAACAGGCCUGAGUGUAACGAUGUGGAAGAGACAGGGCAGCAGUUAGCGGUCAAAAGCCAAGGGAGUGAGGAUGAGGAGUGUGUUUCUCCUCAAAGCCAGACAGAAUUCCCGGAGGAGACGAAUGAAAGUGGCAAAGAGGAGACAAACAAAGGAUGGAUCACAGUCGGGCUCACCGGUCAACAGGAGGACACUCAUUCAGGCGUCCCGGACGCCUGUUUUGUCACAGCACCCUUGGGUGUCGCCGAAGCCCUGAGAUGCGAGGUGGCCGACACCCUCAGCUGCCUGAUGGUGUGCGGCUCAGAGGAGCUGGUCAGCAGGGUGAUCAGGGUCGAAGUUCGGGACGCAGCUAAAUUUCGCUUUCCUGUAACCGUGGCUGUGCCUUUCUGCGCGCGGUACCGCGGCAACUACAGGGACGUUGCCGUCAAGAUAGUCGACGGGGUGAGGAGGGUGAGCUACAUAACUCCUGUAACGACAGAGGGCACGUACGGAGGACAGAGGGGCUCAUUUGCAGAGGUGAGAGUGUACUCCCUGGGCCUGUUUGCUGUAGUUUCCUGCCUAAAAAGAGAAAAUUACACAGUUCCCACGAAGGGUUUGUCACUCAAGCUCCCCAUGGAUCCCCGGAUCUGUCUUAACUACCUCCCAGGAUCCUUCACUGCUCCAGUGAUGGCACAGACCAUGAUGUCCCCUCGUCUGCCUCAGAUCCAGCCCGUGGACGCUGCGCUGCUGGCUGCCGUCAAGUCCAGAGGCGAUGACUAUCAGCCGGUGGUGUCGACGAGCCCGCUGCUCUACCUCGCCCACCCGUCCUCUCAGCCCCUGAGGAGACCCCUCACUCUCACCCUCCCCUGUCCUCCAAAUCCUGAAAAGAAGAGGCAUGCGAGAGAGCAGCAAGAGGAGCAGGAUCACCAAACCCGUCCCGUUAGUGCGAGUCCGCCAUGGGAUCAACCUGCUCCCCACAGGAGGAGAUUCCUGGGUGCCUCUGUGAAGUCUAAGGAGAUGUCCAAUGAGUUGCUGAUCGCUCUGGGUUCAAGAGAGCAGCAGUGGACCGUCUUGGAUAAAGUCGCAGUCAGGAACCAGCAGAAUGGAGUCGUGUCGUUUGAGCUGGCAGAGAACUUUGACAGGCUGCUGGUGAUGCGUCUCCUCUCCCCGCUGCUGCCCUGCCAUCUCGCCUCUCUGGCAGAGGAGCUGGAGGAGUCGGUCUGCCGCCACGCGGUCACCGUCGUCCUCCAGCCCAGGCAGGACGAGCCUCACGCCGUCCUGGUGGCCGCCCUGCCCAGCAGAGACCUCGGCUGGGAGCUGUCCAAACUGCGGGCACAAGGGUACGGCGGCUUCUCGGAGGCCUCGUCGGAGAUCUCCAUGCGCGAGGGAGAUCAGCUUCUCCUCAGGUUCAGUGGCAACAUCACCUCCACAGGAAGUCAAAGCAACAAACACGAUGCCCCGAAAGACAGAAUCACCUUCCACAGUCAGCAGAAGAAUCAGCUCCUGGUGCGGCUAACAGAGGUGGACCCAUUCGGGAACUACAGCUCCCCCCACUACAAGGGCACAGCCGUGUUUUAUAAGGUCACCAGAGGUCAGCUGGAGCGGCGAGGCGACGAAGCGCUCCUGAUGGACGCAAAGCUCCUGGGAGACCCUGUCUGUAAGCUGUCUCUGACUUUGCCCAAGAAGGUGAGAACCAUCAAUCGGCCUGUCAUAGCUCGGGUGAAGUUAUGCGAGGAGACGGAUCCCCUCUCAGACUCUCUUCUUCUCUGGUUGUCCGGGGAGCUCUCAGAGGAAGAGGUAGCCCUCCUGGUCCUCGCCCUGCGUCUCCGUCGUAGCGCCGCCCAGCUGGUGAAGCUCCGGGCGGGGGACAGCCUGUCCACCCAGGCCUUCCACGCCAUGGCCAUGUGGAGGAGAGGGCUGCCUGCUGCCACACACCAACCCAAGGCCUCGCAGCUGGCUCACUGCUUAGCCAAGAGCGGCAGGCCGGACCUGGCCAGGGAGCUGCUGCUGCGAGCCACCGGGCAGCAGGCCCCGGUGAAGCAGGGAGGCUUGAAAAGUACAAAUAGCACGGCUUUUUAAAGGAGCACUAUGUAAGUUUGCGGAAGAAAUUUGAAAACGUGUUAUGCCUAAACAAUCUAAAUAAACAAACUCUUCAUUUGCAUGACUGAAUAAACAAAAUGCCCUUAAAGGACAACACGUUUUCGUACUUUUUUGCUUUGUUUAUGUGUGGCGGACCCUGCCAAAACUUUCAAACAGGUUUCUGGAGACCUUAUUUCCCUCUUGUUGUUUAUUCAUUUCAGUUCAGAGUUUGAAUUUGGUAUCCAUAACUAUGUGGUGCCCCUUUAAUGCUGCUUAUGGGCAGAGUCUGCUAAAUGGGUUGGUGGUAAUGUUUUGUUUUAUCCACAAGGGGUCAGCAUUGGACUGUGAGAUUCCGUGUUCUCUUCCCAGACUCAAGUCCAUGAUGUCCAUCAGUUGUGACUGAGUAAUUUUAGAGGUCUUAAGAUUUCAUAUUAUCAAUAAAAUAGAAAGAUGAGAAAUACCUGAAAAGGUUCAACUAAUUUUGAAUAUCAAAUAACUUCCCCCAGCUUUUCUGUCCUGUUAUUAUAUGUCAUGGGGAACGCGAACCCGAUAUAGUGGGUUCUUAGCAUUUGUUUGUGACGUUCUUGAGGCAAGAAAAGCUUUAGAUCACCACGUAGAACACUUUCAGACAAUCAUGUAUUAGAAAGUAUUCAGUUUAACCAUUUGUAAUCAACGCUGUACCUCAUGUUAUGUUUUAUAACAGUAAAUAAAUAAAAAAAACACACACUAAG